CCUAGUGAUGCCUACUCGGCUCCCGUGCAUGGAGGCCUUGCCUUAAGCCGAGUAAAGAAGCGCAUCAUCCGUUCUGUCUCUGGCAAUAAAAGAAAGAAAGUAACAGAGCAGUGAAAGCAGUAGCAAUGGCAUUACGCUCCGUCUUCGACGUCGGAGCCAUCACAACCGAGUUUGAAGAUGCUGGAAUCAGCACCCGUUUCAUCUCCUCCAUCUGGAAGCACCUUCUUCAGAACCCUAAUUCCGCGGCGCACGAUGUCCCUUCUCUCCCAUCCGCUGCAUACCCUCUACUUCGUUCCAAGUUCAAAACUACAACCUCAGCUCUCGCUUCUGUCGUCGAAUCCAAAGACAAGGUCACCACCAAGCUCCUCAUCAAAUUGCAGAAUGGUUCUUUUGUGGAAGCUGUUAUUAUGAGAUACGAUACACGUUUGGGAACAUAUGAUGGAAAACCUCGAUCUGGAGGUCAACGAUCAACAUUAUGCAUAUCAUCCCAGGUGGGUUGUAAAAUGGCUUGUAAAUUCUGUGCUACUGGGAGCAUGGGAUUCAAAAGCAAUCUGUCAUCGGGCGAGAUAGUGGAACAAUUGGUCCAUGCUUCCUGCUUCUCACAUAUUCGCAAUGUUGUUUUCAUGGGAAUGGGGGAACCAUUGAACAACUAUAGUGCUGUAAUAGAAGCUAUCCGGGUUAUGACAGGAGUCCCAUUUCAGCUAUCACCAAAGAGAAUUACAGUAUCCACUGUUGGGAUUAUUCAUGCCAUCAACAAGCUCCAUGAUGACCUACCGAAUGUCAACUUAGCGGUCUCACUGCAUGCACCAGUUCAAGAUAUCCGUUGUCAGAUAAUGCCUGCAGCACGUGCUUUUCCUCUAGAGAGACUCAUUGAUGCAUUGCGAAUCUACCAAAUGAAGAGUCAACAGAAAAUCUUCAUUGAGUACAUCAUGCUUGAUGGGGUUAAUGAUGAAGAGCAACAUGUCCACCAGCUUGGCAAAUUGCUAGAGACGCUUCAAGUGGUUGUGAACUUGAUACCUUUCAAUCCAAUUGGCAGCUUGAGCUGUUUUGCGACGAGCACGGAUCACAAUGUCAAAAGGUUUCAGAAAAUUCUGAGGGGUGUCUAUAACAUCCGAACGACAGUUCGUCAACAGAUGGGUCAAGAUAUAAGCGGCGCAUGCGGUCAGCUGGUGGUGAACCUUUCAGAACAGAGAUCUGUGGGGGGCGCAAGUCUCCUAACUGACAUUGAAGACCUCAGCAUCUGAUAUACAGUCCCUGUCCCCCAGCAGCCCCCACCCCCACUUUCUUGCUGGAAUUGAGUUUGGGUCGGAGCCGAUUUUGUUGCCAGGCAUUUUGAACCCUAAUUUGAAAUUGAUGGAUUGCUACUACUGUUAUAACUAGUACUGUUCCAUUCGAUAUAUCAUUGUAAAGAUUAAAGAAUGAUAACAAUACUACUGUUAGAAUGUAGCUCUCAAAGAGAUAAGCAUGGCCUGACAUGUACAUGCUCUAUGAUUUAUGAAAAUUUUACGGCUUUAUAGAA